UUUGUAAUAUUUAAAGAGCGAGGCCUGAUAACUCUUGUUUUGCUCCUCAGCUCUUCAAUCCUGCAGAGGAACUCCAUGAGAUGGGAUGGCAAGGUUUAUGAAGAGGUCCCGAUAGCUCACAUCAAAGCAACGUACAACAACACCCACAUCCAGGUGGUGAACUUUGACAACCAGCCGUUUUCCCGCACGUCCUGCGGCACAGAGGGCUUCCAGAACGCCAAGAAGGGCACUGCCAUCGCAGCGCAGACCGCAGCCAUGGCAGCGGCUGUGAAAGCACGUGCGAAGGGUAUAUUGCACGUGCGAGUCAUGGUGAAAGGACUGGGACCAGGACGCAAAGCUGCCAUCAAGGGGCUGACAAUGGGAGGUUUGGAGGUCAUCUCCAUCACAGACAACACCCCAGUCCCCCACAAUGGCUGCCGCCCACGGAAAGCCAGGAGACUGUGAGGGCAGUGCAAGGGACACACAGCUUUCAACAUCAGUUCACCAGGGACUGAGGUCAAUGUUGCUUCUGGGAUGGAUUCUGGAAGGCCACCCUCCCUGGAAGUACGUGUUGAGGGAAGCUUGGAGAGACCGUGCUGAGCCUUAAAAAUGCAGGAGGUAGAAGCUGCUGGUGAAAGCAAGAAUCCGUGUAUUCCCUUAGUGGGAAGCCUCUUGUGUACAGAGUUUGUUGAUUAAAAUGUUGGUCUUUUGACAGCCAUUCCUGCUGUGUUCCCAGAAGUAUUUUGGCUUAUUAUUGCCU